AUGUUGAAUUUUCAGGUUAGUAUGUUGAAUUUUCAGGUUAGUAUGUUGAAUUUUCAGGUUAGUAUGUUGAAUUUUCAGGUUAGUAUAUUGAAUUUUCAGGUAAGUAUGUUGAAUUUUCAGGUUAGUAUGUUGAAUUUUCAGGUUAGUAUGUUGAAUUUUCAGGUUAGUAUGUUGAAUUUUCAGGUUAGUAUGUUGAAUUUUCAAAUGGCCCUAAUACGCUUCCGUAUAAAUCCGUCCGUUUUGUAA